UGAGUUUGUUGCCAGCUAGCUAGCUAGCCGCUUCGCCGUCAUGGUAAUCGCACUAAUCUCACGUGGAAUCGGUAAAGCUCACGUUUGGUCGUUCACGACUUUAGUUUUCGCAAAGUUAAGACUCUUACUUCGAGGAUGAAGGCGUUUGUCUAGUUGUUAAGAAGUCACAAUUGCCUGCCUCACAAUUUGCUUCCUGGACAGGACAAUGAGGUAGUCAGUAUCAACACAAUCAGCCAGGUUGCACGUUGGUGUCAUUUAGGAAGGUGUGUUUUUCCUGCCGCCAUUAACAGAAGAAGAAGUAGAAAAAAGAAGAUUUCAGUAGAUGUAGUAGAGUCAAAGGUAAGCAGAUUACAGGAAGCAGUCAUGUCCUCAGAGUACACCCUCGACAUCCAGCUGACAGAGUUGGGGUUUCCUGACAUUUUGGAGCCACUGGAGACGCCUGUCAAAGAAACAUCCUCCUGCCUUGUAGCACCAUCUGACGCCCCGCUCUCGCACAGUCACUCUCCCACUCCGGUUUCAGCCCAAUCUGCAAAAGGACAGCUGACCAGAGGCCACCAGUCGGUAGCUGAGGAUCCACCGGCUGCUGCUCCUGCUGCUGCUGUGGAACAAGACAAACUAGUUCCUGUGUCUCGCCCGCCUGAGACAACACCAUGCACUACAGCUCCACAUGUCCCACCAAGUCUGCAGGACAAACAGCCUGUCAGUGCGGGGCCUGUUGAUGCAGCUGAUGGCACUGCGCUUCCUGUGCUGCCUGGUGGUCCAGACACUGAUUUUAAUUCAACCACCGGACGAGGAACCAAUGAAACUCCGCCGCUGACAGCAGAAGAGAUGGAGCACAGCCAGAAAAAAGAUGACGGACAAACAGAAGGAAAUUCAACAGAGGGAGUGCAGGGUGUGGAGAAUGAGUCAGAUGACAGUGAGGUGUCGGAGAUGGAUGAGGAAGAGGAGGACGACGAUGAGGAAGAAGAAGGGAUAAACAGCGACUCUAGUCACUCGGGUGAUUACCGCUGUGGUGUCUGUGACCUUGAGCUGCCCUCCAAUUUCAAGUUACAAGAUCACAUGAACCUGCACACUGGGGCACGACCGUACUGCUGCGCUGAAUGCGGCAAACGCUUCUGCCAGAUUUCCAACUACCGCGUCCACCUGCGCACGCAUGCCCAGUCCAAAGCGGAUCCUCUGCUCUGCCGCAUCUGUCUGACGAGCUUUAAGUCAGAGGAAGGCUUGAAGUGCCACCUGUCGACAACUCACUUUGAAAAGAAGUUUUAUGAGUGUGACCUGUGCAAGCGUAUAUUCACCGACCUGAAAGAGUGUGAGUGGCAUGUGGAGUGGCACAAGCGCACCCUGGGCAGCUUUGUAUGUGAGUCGUGUGGCCGUAUUUUCUCCAGCCAGAAAUCCCUCACGCGUCACCAAAAAAAGAUUUGCCAUCACAGGUACAGUUGCACAGACUGUGCCAGGAGCUUCACCAAGAAGAACGCUCUCCUCAAACACAGCUUCUCCCAUCUGGGUCUGUUGCCAUACACCUGUGUGCGAUGCCGCUGCCACUUCCGCCUGGCAAAGCUGUACCGCCAACACAAGUGUGAACCUCAGCGCAUUCACUGUGUGGCCUGUCUGGGAGUGUUUCGUAGCCAGGCGGACUUCCAAAAGCACAAAAAGGACACCGGCUGCUGGGGCCACCAGGAACCCAAAGGCGAUGAGAUCCGCUGUUUGGAGUGUGGCCAGAGUUUCGCCACAGCAGAAGAGCUGAAGAAGCAUGCUGGGGCUCACCAGAGGGUGCUGAGCUGUGCGGAGUGUGGAAAGGGCUUCCGCUCAGCCCUGCUGCUAAUGUCCCACAUGGGCGGUCAUGCCGGCACGAGGCCCUGCCUGUGUCAGAGCUGUGGAGUGGGCUUUCCCCACCAGCAGAGCUAUGACAGCCACCUUAGGACCUGUGGAAAAACACCUCCACCUGUGAAAGCUUCUAAGAAACGCGUGACCCCAAAGAGCACUCCUCCGCCUGUGAAGCCUGCACCUCAGCCAAGAAGAAAACAGUCAUUGUUAGCACCACCCCCAACAAACACAUCUAACUCAGCAAAACCAGCAGCCACCACCCUUGCUAAUGGUUCAAACAACCCUGCUGCUCCAGUAAAGGACUCUGGUAGAACAAAGGGUGUGGCCGGUGCAGUUUCCAGUGGCUCUCGACCAGAAGGGGGGUUGUGGCAGCUAACCCUUGACAAACAGCCACCUCUCGGGGCUAAUCUCGUCUUGUUUGUCCCUGUCAGCUCAACUCUAGCCAAUAGCCUGGCAUUUCCACCCACAAUCCCUCAGGUACUACCCAUUCCUCAGACCCACAUCCAGCCUCACAUGGUUCUCCAGCCCACUUCGAGAAAUGAACUCAAGCUGCAUGAGGCCAGCACAUGCCUUGGUAUGAACUGUGCCCCAGGAGUGCAGCUACAUUUAGAUGUCCCUUUUGGAUUGGCAACAGGAAACAAACAGGACCCAGGCUAUGUAGCACCUCUGGAUUUGUCUAAAAAAUCUACCUCAACCAUGUCUGCACUGACUGCAGGUCCUCCCCUUGUUAAAAGUGAGCCAGAGGACCCUGAGUUCUCACAUGUGGCUAAUGGCAUUGAGGGGAAAACAUUCCAAUCUGUUGAUAGAGAAGAGACUACCUUAAAAGCAAAUCAAAAACAAUGUGUAAAGAAUCUGCAUAACACAGCAGAGAUGGAUAGACUGAAGCAGAUGAAAUCAAAUGCCACGGUUUUGUCGCCUCUUGACACUAGCACAACCACCCCUGGCCUAAUAACUGAUAUUAAGAAAGAGCCUCCCUCUCCUGAUUAUGACCCAGACGUGCUGCCGACAGCAUGGAAGCCAGACAGAGAAAUAAAAAUGGAGGUCGAUGAGCCAAGCCCUGCCUGCGCUGUUGUCCAUACUGAUGCUGACAAGAAGCUCACUGAAACAGAAGAAGGCCUUAACAAUGGACACAAAGAGGUUUUUACUGUAUGAGGACGUGAAAGUGGAGAAUAAAACUCAGAUUUCUCCACCAUGUUAUGUACUUAAACACUACAAAGGACACAUUUUCUUACUUCUAGUCAUGUAAACUCAGAAUGUAGGUGAUAAUCUACAGCCAGAAUUAUAUACCAAUGGGUAAUGUAUAUAUUUCUGUCUUACUUAGUAUAUCUGCUUACAUAUAGAUCCCCUUUUUUCAUUUAUGUUGAGGUUUGUAUUGAAAAGGCUUACACCUGGCGUGUCUAGCAGUUGACAGAGUGACAUUUAGUUUACAUUAGGAAAAAUGAUCUUUACUUCUAUAGUUCAAGCAUCGCACCUUAUAUUGUAUUUACUACACAACUCUAUGAACAUUAAUAUGUUUUAUUUUUUAAUUUGAAUUAAAAUCUUGCACAGAAGGCAACGUUGAUCCAUGAAAUGGAGUUAUAGCACAUUCUGCUUUCUGUGUAGUUCAUCUUUUCUUUUUAGUCCACUUUGGCACAACACUGCAUUAGAUUAUAACAGGAUUUGUUCAGUUUACAUUUUUGGAUUAUGCUUAUGGUUGAUUAGCUCCUCUCCAGAGGUUCAUUUCUUCAAUAAAAAGCCUGGGCUAUCAGAAAAAUUCACCUCACCUGGUGAGCCCACAGUGAACAGACGGCAAUAGGUUGAAUCUAGGAAAUAGUAUUAGCCAUAGCCACAUGGUACAAGGGAAGAGCACUCACGGCAUUAAAAAGCAUUCUUGAUCACUAUCUGUGUUUCCUUUAUGUAGCAGUGGAAUCACUGUUUUGCAGUUUGUGAUUUGUCAAACAUCACUUGAAUAUUUUUUCCUGUUGGUAUAAUAGUGAAACAGACUUUUCAUUGUUUCAGUUUCAGGGUUUCUAACUACCAUCUUUUCAGCUGUUUUGUACCUGCCUAAUAUUGAGUAAUAAUACUGAGUGCCUCCAUAAUGUAUUUACAUGGGGGUGUGUGGGUGUUUCAUUUCUUGAGUUAUUUCCAUAUUUAGUAUCUUGUGGAUGCGAAGCGAGGUAUGCAUUCUGUCACCUUCAUCACGUAUUACAUUGUGUGGUUUUGCUGAAUGCAUUUUCAGACUGCAGGUACAGUAUAUCCUUGUUUUCUUAGGGCUGUCAAUAAAAUGAUUUAUAGGCCCGGUUCA